CACAUAUUCUUUUUGGUUUACUAUAUUGUAUUAUCAUCUACAUAUCAUUCGGGCAUUGUAUCAAAGGGCCUUGUGGGAUUAUCAGAGGGCCUUGCGGGAUCUCAAAAUUUGGAUACCCAAGAUUGUCGACAUCGUUCUUUAAAACAAAAAGAUCGAGGGAGAAAAAAACAAAACAAAAAGAAGGGAAAAUGAGGAUGAGGAGAACGACGAUAUUGGCCUUGACGGCAUCCCUUCUAUCAACAACGGAAGCCUUCACAAUUCAACAGAAGCAAAAUGCCGGUGCCCCAAAGGUGGUCAGUCUGCAGACGGAACGACUGUCCGUCCCAAAUCCCGUUGCCCGGGACAGGUUACGAAGGAGAGGAAUGAAUGAAGUCACAUUGGAUAACGUCAUAUGUGGAUACUAUAUCAAUGUGACCAUUGGUACGCCCGGAAGGAAUUUCUCACUACAUCUCGACACAGGCUCUAGUGAUACUUGGGUGAAUGCUCCCAGUUCAAAUCUCUGUCAAGAGAAAUCCAGACCGUGCGAUUUCUCCGGCACCUACCUGGCCAAUGACUCGUCUACUUAUGAGUACAUCGGCAAUAAUUUCGAUAUCACGUAUGUGGAUGGUUCCGGCGCCAGAGGGGACUAUGCAUCCGACACCUUUACAAUCGGCAACACCAAACUGAACCGGCUGCAGUUUGGCAUCGGCUACUCUUCAACUAACGCGCAGGGACUAGUCGGUAUAGGGUACGCCCUGAGCGAAGUGCAAACCCGCGUCGGGUUGCCAACCUAUAACAACCUUCCAGUGCAAAUGGUCGCCGACGGCUUGAUCAAUUCCAACGCCUACUCCAUCUGGCUCAACGACCUCGAUGCCCCCACGGGUACCAUCCUCUUCGGCGGCGUCGACGCCGCCAAGUACGAGGGCGACCUGCUCACCCUGCCCGUUCAAACCCCCGAAAAGGGCGAGUACAAGAACCUCAUGGUCACCAUGACCGGCCUGUCUUUAUCCCAGUCCCGGUCCUCUUCCAACGGCAACGGCAACGGCGAUAACACCACCCAGUUCUCCAAAGACAACCUCGCCCUUGCCGUUCUCUUGGACACCGGCUCAACCCUCAGCUAUCUGCCCCGCGAGAUCGUCAAACCCCUCUACGACGCCAUCGGCGUGACAAUCAUGCCAAACCCAAAAGGCAACCUAGACGCCUAUGUUCCCUGCUCUUUCAGGUCCUCCUCGCAAUCCGUCAUCUUCUCCUUCUCCUCUCAGCUGCAAAUCACCGUGCCCAUGAGCGAGCUCGUCCUCAAUCAGACCACCAACAACAAACUCCCACGUAUGCCGGACGGCGUCACAGACGCCUGCCUCUUUGGCAUCCAAGAACGUAAUGUUAAUUGCACGGGAAGCAACACCCUAGGCGACACGUUCCUGCGCAGCGCGUACGUGGUAUUUGAUCUGGACAACAACGAGAUUUCGAUGGCGCAGACGAGGUUUAAUGCCACGACGACGGACCUGAAGGAGAUCAAGAAGGGUAAAGGGGGGGUGCCGGGCGCGAAGGCGGUGGAGAAUCCGGUGGAGUCCACGAGCGGGCUUUCUGAUGAUGAAGGGGGGAUAUAUGUGAAUGGGGCGGCGGGUGAGUUGAGGGUGGGCAUGGGAAUGGCUUGGGGGUUGUUUGUGGGUGUUGCGAUGGUGUUUCUGGGGUUGUGAGGUGGUGAUGGAUGAGAGAAAAGGAAAAGAAAAGGAAAAAGGAAAGGAAGGAAAGGAAGGAAAGGGAAAAGCGAAUCGGUUGGGAUGGUUUGGAAAGAUAAAGUCUUUUGUUUCUGCAUAAUCAUCUUGAAUGCAUGGGAACAACGUUUGGCUUUUACCAUUUCAUGAAUAUACCAAGAUAAUCACUUCCA